CAGGCGGCCUCGGAAUAUCAUCUCUGUGUUUGAGUGAUCUCAUCAGGAGAGCAGGAGCAACCAGCAGAGGCGAUGACAGUCACAUACUCUAGUAAAGUAGCAAAUGCCACUUUCUUUGGGUUCCACAGAUUGCUUCUCAAGUGGAAAGGAAGCAUCUACAAACUGCUUUACAGAGAAUUUUUUCUCUUUGCUUCUCUUUACACGGCAAUAAGUCUAUUAUACAGAUUUAUUCUUACUGGUAGCCAGAAACGAUACUUUGAAAAACUGGCCAUUUAUUGUGACAGAUAUGCAGAACAAAUCCCAGUUACUUUUGUGCUUGGCUUCUAUGUUACUUUGGUGGUGAACCGUUGGUGGAACCAGUUUGUAAAUCUGCCGUGGCCAGACAGACUUAUGUUAUUGAUCUCCAGUACUAUCCAGGGGAAAGACGAGCACGGCCGCUUGCUCAGAAGAACUCUAAUACGUUACGUGAAUUUAACGUCCGUCCUCAUCUUCCGUUCAGUGAGCACAGCUGUCUAUAAGCGAUUUCCAACAAUCGACCACGUGGUAGAAGGAGGUUUUAUGACACCAGAGGAAAGGAAAAUAUUUGAUGAUCUUAAAUCUCCCCACCUUAAAUACUGGGUCCCCUUUGUCUGGUUUGGAAAUUUGGCAACGAAAGCACGACAGGACGGAAGGAUCAGAGACAGUGUAGAUUUGCAGACCCUUUUGAUCGAGAUGAAUCGUUAUCGAUCCUGGUGUAGCCUGCUAUUUGGUUAUGACUGGGUCGGAAUUCCCCUGGUGUACACACAGGUUGUAACACUUGCUGUCUACACCUUCUUCUUCACGUGCCUGAUAGGACGCCAGUUUUUGGACCCUGAACAAAACUAUCCAGGUCAUGAUUUAGAUCUUUAUAUUCCUAUCUUCACAUUGUUACAGUUUUUCUUCUAUGCAGGAUGGCUAAAGGUUGCUGAGCAGCUCAUCAACCCAUUUGGUGAAGACGACGAUGACUUUGAAACAAAUUGGUGCAUCGAUAGGAAUCUGCAGGUUUCACUUCUGGCUGUUGAUGAAAUGCACAUGAAUUUACCCAGAAUGAAAAAAGACAUUUACUGGGAUGAUUCCUCCGCCCGCCCGCCCUACACGCUAGCAGCUGCAGACUCCUGCAUUCCAUCUUUCCUUGGAUCCACCAUCGAAAUGCACCUCGGUGAUAGCCAGUUGCUUCAUGGAGAAAACUGGCCCCGGAAUAACGAUAAACCCAGAAGGCAGCAUUCGAUGCUGAAAAAAGUGAAACGGUUCAUGAGUGUUCGUGAAGGCUCUCCUGCCCCAACAAGACGGUCCUACCAAAGGCAGUCGAGUGAGAACUCUGUUUUCUUCCCCUCUCACGAAAUGCAUCACAUUGGCAAGUUGCUAGAAAUGCACUCCAGGGGGAGACGUUUCUCCUCAAACAGCAUGAAAAGCCAUGAGAGGGGGCACGGGAGCAUGGAUCUUGGAGUCAUUAGAGAAAGCAGCAGGAAUGAAGGUCUGGAGACAGGCUACCAGUCUGGUGCGGAAGAAAGCCUAGCUAAAAUGGACUCGGCAGCCAUUGAAAAGAUGGUUGUUGAAAAUGAAGACAGAUUGAAUUCACAAAUAAACAGGGACAUUAACAUCCUGACAGAAGAAGACUUUGACAAUCAAAGUGAGUCAGAGACUGAUUCCGAAGCACCUGUGAUGACCCACUGUGCUCCCCUGCACAGCUCUCCCACAGAUUUGCUCAAAUCUCCUUCAAAAAUUGCACCACCUCAUAUGGGGUCUGGGCAACAGGAUUCAUCCACUGGUGCAAAACAGGAAAAGGAACCUCACACCCAUCAAAGCACCACAUCCAGCAACCUGCCAAAUAAUCAAAUGUGGCAAUUCCCAUAUGUUUUUACUUGCCAUGCGGCACCUAGGACAAAAACUGAAUCUCUUUCAACAGAGUCUGGGACAAUGCCUGGAGAAGGCAGCUUAAGUACUGAGAGCACUCCCACUUCUUCUCCUUCUACUGCUGCUGCUACUAAUACAUUUGACAUAAGCCACUUACCAGAACAAGUGGAUGCUAGAGAAACUGAUAUCCUUUAUAUCGCUGAGUGUAGCAAUGAGAAAAAUAAAGGACACCUCUGACAAACUGGAGAGCACCAA